UGGGGGUUGGUGGGGGGGGUCUCUUCCGCUCGACAAUGGCGACCGCGGGGUAAGCGUGGGGUGCGCUCAAGCGGGCGGCGCACGAAGCGAGGUGCACGACAGCGACAUGGAGAGCGGCGCGAAGUAUAUUUUCGGGGAGUUCAGCCAUGAAGAGGUGCAACAAUACUUCCAGAACUCGCACAUUUCCGUGGAGCUUCCUCCAUGCUCGGAAGACACGGAUGAUGAUGAUGCGACAGGCCAUACUGGGGGCGACUGUUCCGAGCCGGCCGGGGGGCUCGUGAGCAGCAACGGUGGAGACAACUCGGUCGAGGGCUCCCCUCCUGACGAGGCGGGGGGGCCCAGCACGCUCAACCCACGAGCCCCCGAGUUCUGCCUGCCGCUCGACCAGCCCGCCACCGCCUUCCCUCGCCAGCCGGCCCCGCCACCGUUCACGCCGGUGCCGAUGAUCGCUUGCCGGACCGCCGCCGCGGCGGCCGCCGUCAUUGCCGCUCCUCUGGCGGGAGACCCGGCGCCGCCGCCGCCCAACGGCUCCGUUCACGCGGCGCCGCCGUCGAUGGGCCCGGCUGCCCCGCUGACGUUUGGCCACCCGGUGCCGACCGCCGCCCUGCGGCUGCCCCUGUUCGUGCCGUCGCAGGCGGCCCUUGCCGGCGCGGAAGCGGCGCCGGUCGUGGUGCCGCGGCCGCUGGUGCCGGUCCACGCCCUGCCCGUGGGGCUGGCGCCGACGGCCACCGCGUUCUUUGGCAGCGCCCACACGGCGCCCGUCGUGCUGCUGCAGCCGCUGCCGGCGUUCAACAACGGCGACGAGAUGAGCGCCGGCGAAGCCGGCGCGGACGGGAACGGCGAUGGUUCCAGUCGCAGCUCUGGCGGCCCGCGGGAGCGGCGGAACAAGAAAAAGCGGCCCCCCAGCUACUACCGUUACCAGGACGGCACCGGCGCGAUGAACGGCAUGUCAUGUGCCGACGACGGCGACGAGGCCUCUCCGGACGCCCCCUUCGCACCGCCUCCGCCGCAGGGGGCGGCGCCCCCCCCCCACCAGGGCCAGCUCUCCUCCUCGCCGCUCCCCCCAUCGCAGGAUCUGCAGCCGCAGCGCCGACAACCCCCCGAGGCGUCUGUGCCGGUGCCCCGUCCCGCCGAGCCCACCGAGCAGCCGGCGCCGCUCUGCAAGCAGCCCGUGCCGGUGGUGCCGCCGGCCGCCGUGCUCCCGCCGGUGCCGUCCGCCUUGCCGGCCCCGCCGCAGAGCGCCGCUCAGCCGACCGAAUUGCCGGGCAUCGGCGGUCCGCAGGGCCAGCCGCCACCGCCGGUGGUGAUGAUGAUGCUGAUGAACGGCCCGCAGGGGCUGCCCGUUGAGGCGCUGUUGGUGAACCAGCUGGGCAUGGCGGCUGUCCCUGGGGUGCCGGUUGUGCCCUCGACGGCGCCCAUGACGGUGCCAAUGACGGUGCCCCUGCUGGUGCUCCCCCAGCGCACGCCGCCGGUCGUGAUGUCCGUCGCGCCGCAGGCGGCCGUGCAGCUGGUGGCGCCGGUGCCGCAGGCGCCUGCCGCACAGCCGCAGCAACCGACGCUGUGCCUGCAGCAGAAGCCGCAGCAGCCACAGCAGCAGCCGCAGCCAACGCCGCCGCAGCAGCAGCAGCCACAGCAGCAGCAGCAGCCACAGCAGGUUGGGAACAGCAGCAGCAGCUUGAUCAUGCUGGCCACACGAGGCGCCCACCAGCUCCCCGUCAGCGCCAUCCGCACCGGCGGCAGCUUCAAGUUCGGCGGCGACACCAACUUUGCGGACGUGAGCGGGCGCCAGCGCGAGAGCCCGCCCGUCGUGUUCACCAACGCGCGCACCGUGCCCAGGGCGGCGCUGCUACGGGACGGCGCAGCGUUGGCACCGAUGGCGCCACCCGUCGGAGACCGGCGCUCGUCCUCGGCGCCCGGCGACGCCGCCGCCAAGCUCCCCAGGCCGAUGGCCACCAUCGCCCCGAUCUCUUUCGGCCCCGCCAUGCCAGCGCUGUCCGAGGUCGUGACGCUGCCCCCGGCUGCCGCCGACCGCCAGCAGCGCGCGAGCGGCGCUGCCGGCAACGCGCCGGCACCGGCUCGGCCGCGCGAGGAGCAGGUGGUGCCCGUGGCGGCGGUGGCGCCCAACGCCCCGCGCUGCGGCGAAGCCCGGAAAGGUUCGGCGCAGCUCAACGGCGUGGAGACGGCACCGGCGAGGCUCGGCGCGAACACGAACGCGGCGGCGGCGCCGGCCGGCGGCACCGCCGCUACCGUCGGCGGAGGCGGUCGCCCGGCGGUGUCGGUGCCGGCCGCGGCCUCCCUGGACCCACGGCCGCACACGCCGACCCUUGCUCACGGUGGCUCGUCCUGCCUCACCGAGGCGUCCGCCGUAGGGAGGGAUGCUCCAGCGGCCGUUGCUCCGGCGAAAGAUGCUCAAGCGAGCGCGGUAGGAAGAGAAGCGCCUGCUGCUCCUGCAGGGAGACCGGCGCCAGCAGCAGCCGUUACUGCUGCAGGGAGAGAGCCAUCAGCUGGUGCUGGCAGCAGAGAGGCACCGGCCGUUGCCGCUGCCGCUGCUGCUGCUGUUGUCGCGGGGCAAAUCUACGCUGCAGGCGACGCAGCGGCUCACGACGCCAGGCCACAGCCGCCGGCACUCCCCGGCGUCAAGACCUGGGCCAGCCUCUUCAGUGCCAGCAAGCCAGCCGCGCCGUCACCGGGGCCCGGCACCACCGCUCGCGUCGACCAGCCCGUCGGGGACUGCAAGGCGGGGGCGGGGGGGGAAAGGAGCCCGGGGUCGCAGGAGGCGCCCGUGCCGCAGACAGCGCCGUCGCACAAAGCUGGGCCCGUGUCGGUGGCCGAGGACUCCUGUGCCGCCAGGAUAGCCGAGCUCCUGUCGUUGACGCCGUUGUCCUACAAGCCGGUCUCCGUGCAACCACGCGGGCUGAUCAAUCGGGGCAACUGGUGCUACAUCAACUCCACCCUGCAGGUGCUUGUAGCUUGCGCACCGCUCUACCACCUGCUGCGCGCGCUGCCCCUGUAUGGCGACGGCGAGCGCCCCGCCAGCGCCACGCCCAUGCUGGACGCGUUUGUCCGGCUCAUGAAGGAGUACGGAUCGAUGCUGCCGCCAUCCAAGCCCAAGACCGCUGGACCCCCGGAGAAGAGCAAAGACCUUCGCGUGGGCUCGCCCUUCGAGCCGGCCUUCAUCUACAAGCUGCUGUCAAUCGUCAAGUCCAGCUUGUGCGACAAGGGCCGUCAGGAGGAUGCGGAGGAGUUUCUGGGCUUUGUGAUUAACGGGCUGCACGACGAGAUGCUGUCGCUGCGCCGGCUGGACAGCGCCGACGGAGCUGCGACAAACGGCGUGGCCUCCGAUGGGGCCAGCUCUGACGGCUGCCCCGAGGGGGGUGCGGAGGCCGGUGGGCCCCGUGGUGCCCAUGGUAAUGGCAGAGGGUUGCAGCUGGAGGACAGCGAUGGUCAUGGCCAGCGUGCCAACAACGAGAAGGGUGGUGAGGAGGAGGAGGAGGAGUGGGAGCAGGUCGGGCCGCGCAACCGCUCGGCCAUCACACGCUCCGCCGAGUUCGUGCGCUCGCCCAUCACCGACAUCUUCGGUGGAUGCAUCAGGUCGGCCGUGUACCAGGCGGGAGUGAAGGAGUCGGCGACGCUGCAGCCGUUCUUCACGCUGCCGCUGGACGUGAGCGCGGAGCGCGUGUGGACGCUGCGCGACGCGCUCGAGGGCUUGGUGGCACGCGAGGCCGUGCAAGGGUACACCACCAAGAACCGGCAGGAGGUGGAGGUGUGUCGUCGCAUCACGCUGGAGGAGCUGCCGCCGGUCCUCGUGCUGCAUCUCAAGCGCUUUGUCUACGACAAAACCGGCGGCUCGCAAAAGCUGCUCAAGGCCAUCGACUACCCCCUAGAGCUGGAGAUCAGCAAGGACCUGCUCUCCCCAAUUGCCAAGGUGAAGCUUUCCAAGGGCCAGAGGAGCUACCGUCUGUUUGCCGUGACGUGUCACCACGGCGGCACGGCGACGGGCGGCCACUACACUACGGACGUGCAGCACGUCGGCCUGGGCCUGUGGCUGCACUACGACGACCAGGGCGUGCGCCCCACGGCGCUCUCCGCAGUGCUCAAGCCCGUGCUGCCUCGCACCGCCUACUUGCUCUACUACCGCCGCGCAGACGUGCAGUGAGAGGGGGACACGACCCCCGACGUGGUCGUAGCGGCGCCCGCUGCCACCCCCCCCCAUCCUACCCCACCCACACCGGCGCCAGCUGCCUCCGCGCACCCGAGGCUGGACGUUCGCGACGACGACGACGGUGACGGUGGUGACGAUCGCGGGGACACGAGUUUCAAGCGUCACUCGGACGAGGGGCGGGCUCGUCGGCUCGCUCGACUCCUCCGCUGCCCGCCCCUACAACCCUUCCUCCCCACUGUCAAACAGAAAUCUCUGAGCCACGUGACUUCUCACCACCGCCGCCCCCCCCCCUGCGUGCCGGUCGCGGUGCUGCCGGUGUCGAGGCUCGCGGAAGAUCGUCGGAUGUCGGACGACGUUCCACAUGGGGGUGGUGGAGGAGGACUCCCCCACGCUGCCAGAGCUUCGUGCGUGCGCACGCACACCGCAAACCCGCCUCGCCCGCCUCGCCCGCCUCGCCCGCCUCGCUCGCCUCUCCUGCGCGCGAGAAACCUUUCGACUGAAUCGUCGGAAAAAGAACCUUUGAAAAAGAAUAUUUUCAAAAAAAUAAUAAUUAUCGUGUGACUUCAAGUCCGUUUGUCUCGUACGCCCAAUGGAGUUCAGCGGCAGAAUGUGGCAAGGUGUCAAUCUAGUGCCCCCCCCCCCCACCAAAUUGCUCACAGGACACCUGUGGGCCCCUCCCAAGAGCUCACGAGACACUUGAGCUCACAGGACACCUGGGGGGGGGCCCAAGAGCUCACAGGACACCUGGGGGGGGGCCAAGAACUCACGAGACACUUGAGCACACAGAACACCUGGGGGGGGGGCCAUGGAGCAUACAGGACACCUGGAGGGGCCCCCAAGAGCUCACAAGACACUUGAGCUCACAGGACACCUGGGGGGGGGGGCAUGGAGCAUACAGGUCACCUGGGGGAUCCCCAAGAGCUCACGAGACACUUGAGCUCACAGGACACCUGGGGCCCAGAGAGAUCACAAGACCCACCAGGCCCCCCCCCCGCAGCCCACGUGAUACCGACGGGGUGGCACACGGGGUCACACACACACACACGUGGUGGUACACACACACACGUGGUGGUACACACACACACGGGGUGGUACACACACACCUGGUGGUAGACACACGUGGUGGUACACACACCUGGUGGUAGACACACGGGGUGGUACACACACACACCUGGUGGUAGACACACGGUGGUACACACACACACCUGGUGGUAGACACAUGGGAUGGUACACACACGAGGUGGUACACACACGAGGUGGUACACACACACGAGGUGACACACACGAGGUGACACACACGGGGUGGCACACGGGGUGGUACACACACACACGGGGUGGUACACACACACACGGGGUGACACACGUGGUGAUACACACGCACACGUGGUGGUACACACGUGGUGGUACACACACACGUGGUGGUACACACACAGACACGGGAUGACACACGUGGUGGUACACACACACACACACGUGGUGCACCCAUUGGGGGCUGCAGGGACCUGAGCCCCCCCCCCCUCGCCUCUCGCGACGUGCACGAAUCCGUCCCGUCGGCCUAGCGUACUCGAUUGAGUCUGAGAAGCGGGGGGCGUGGGUGGUGGGGGCCGGGAGGGGGGGGGGGGCUGCACUGCGUGUGGGGUGGAGGAGCCGCAGACGCCCCCCCCCCCCCCCUUGGGGAGGUGCUGCCCCUCUGGGAAUGGUAGCCGGGGGGCGCUGUUGUAGUCGACACGCGUGGCACCAUGGAGCGACAUGUGUGGCACGGAGCGUGGCACGGAGCGACGCGCGGAGCGACGUGCGUGGCACGGGCUCCGGCCGUAGUUUAUUGUUGGGUGGGGGGGGGGGCUGGGGGGGUGUGUUUGCGUGGGGGUUUUUGUUGUUGUUGCUUCCCCCUCUCCCUAAUUGCGUUUUGCUUGUUUGUGUUCAUUUCUUUUAGCUGCGCUUGAGUGCGGUCGGUGCGCAGCGGCGUCCUAGCGUGCACACGCACACACACUCGCACUCACUCGCUCACACGCACGCUCGCACACACGCACACACUCGCACACACGCUCACGCACACACUCACUCGCACACGCGUGCACACUCGCACGGCGGGAGUGUGAGUUGACGACGGGAGACUGAUGAGUGAGGGUCGUGCACACGCCUCGCUUAACCUCCCCCCCCCCCCCCCUCUGCCACCUCUGGGAUCUCACAAUCGUGGGUCCCUUCUUUUAGGUCCGCCGGGGGGGGGGGGGGGGGGGCUAACUCCCCAUCGCGUCGUCGCAGGGUGGGGGGAGUGGGAACGGGGAGUGGUGUUGAUAAUUGGCACGCGUUCUUUUGGUUGCGUUGUUGGAUUAGCUCACCGAAUGAAAUACUGUAAGGUGUGGGUUUUAUUUUUUAAUGACACCUUGAAGGCUUGGCCUGGUUUGUGCGUUGCCCCCCCCCCCUCUCUCUCCGCCAUUGAGUUGCCUAAUAAAGCGAUCUGCCAGC